UGAACAAGGUACUGACGAAGUUCAAGCUGCUUUUGCCUAUGCAGUAAACAAUCACAAUAACAAUAUUACCGGCCGGAAAUUUGAGCUGAAAGGCUACGUCGAUAUCAUAAAUACUGCAGAUGCAUUUAAGCUGUCACGACUGAUCUGCAACCGCUUUGCCAGUGGAGUUCUUUCCAUGAUCGGUGCAGUAAAUCCAGACUCUUUCGACAUUCUGCACUCGUACAGCAACACCUUCCAAAUGCCAUUCGUCACUCCAUGGUUUCCAGAGAAGGUCCUCACACCCUCAUCCGGCGUCGUGGACUUCGCCAUAAGCAUGCGGCCGGAUUAUCAUCACGCCAUCAUCGAUACGGUGCGCCACUACGGUUGGAAAAAAAUCAUCUACCUUUAUGACUCGCAUGACGGACUAUUACGGUUGCAACAAAUUUAUCAAGGUUUAAAACCAGGAAAUGAUACUUUUCAAGUUGAAACUGUUAAAAGGAUACAAAAUGUGUCCGAUGCUCUUGACUUUUUACGCAGUUUGGAGGAACUUAGUCGAUGGAGUAAUAAAUAUGUAGUACUCGAUUGUCCGACCGAAAUGGCCAAAGAUAUAGUCAUCAAUCAUGUGCGAGAUGUCACUUUAGGACGACGAAAUUAUCAUUAUCUUCUAAGUGGACUUAUAAUGGAUGACCGUUGGGACAACGAGGUGAUCGAGUACGGUGCCAUCAACAUCACCGGCUUCCGCAUCGUCGACGGCAGCCGACGUUACGUCAAGGAGUUCCUUGAGCGCUGGCGCCAGUCUCCAGCCGCUCGCGAUUCCAUUUCCGCCCAGGCGGCUCUCAUAUACGACGCGGUCUUCGUGCUCGUCGAGGUGCUCAAUAAGAAGAAAAAAACUGAGAAAAACAAUCCGAGGCGCGCCGGUGGUAGCCAGCAGCCAAACACUACCCUUGAUUGCAAUUCCAACCACGGAUGGACCUCGCACGGAUGGGAACAAGGCAACAAGAUCGCUAGAUCGCUGCGCAAGGUGGAAAUAGAAGGACUUACUGGACAAAUUAAAUUCAAUGACGAGGGCCGACGUCGAAAUUACACACUGGAUGUUGUUGAAAUGACAGUAAAUAGUGCGCCUGUAAAGGUUGCCGAAUGGACAGAUAUUAAUGGAUACCAAGUGGUACCAACCAAACGUGAUCGGCAUCCCAAGUCCGAAAUUUUAAAGAAUAAGACUUACAUCGUGACAACAAUAGUAGAAGAACCCUAUAUUAUGGAAAGAAAAUACGAAAACGGAAAACCUCCUGAAAAAAUGAAGGAUCGAUAUGAAGGUUACUGCAAAGAUCUGGCUGAUCUUAUCACGAGAAAAUUAAACAUUAGCUGGGAUAUUCAGAUUGUUAAGGAUGGAAAAUAUGGUUCGGAAAAUCCAACCGUACCCGGUGGCUGGGACGGUAUGGUUGGAGAACUCAUAAGAAAGGAAGCAGAUAUUGCUAUUGCUCCAAUGACUAUUACAUCAGAGCGAGAAAGAGUAAUUGACUUUAGUAAGCCGUUUAUGUCUCUAGGCAUCAGUAUCAUGAUUAAAAAACCCGUUAAGCAAAAUCCUGGCGUCUUUAGCUUUCUUAAUCCACUCAGCAAGGAAAUUUGGGUCUGUGUAAUUUUUUCUUAUAUUGGCGUCUCAAUAGUACUCUUCAUCGUUUCAAGAUUUUCACCGUACGAAUGGCGCGUCCUGACAAUCGGCUCGAGUCGUGACCCGAGCCUCGUCUCCCGGGACGGGACUUUGCAGCAUUCCCAUGGCCCGCAGGGAUCGCCUCACACUCAACACACCAGCAUGGCCAACGAUUUCAGCAUUCUGAAUAGUUUGUGGUUCGCGUUGGGUGCAAUUAUGCAGCAAGGCGGUGACAUCUCGCCUAGAUCCAUCUCCGGCCGUAUCGUGGGUAGCGUCUGGUGGUUCUUCACACUAAUCCUGAUCUCGUCAUAUACCGCAAAUCUCGCGGCAUUUCUAACGGUCGAGCGUAUGGUCACACCCAUCAACUCGCCCGAAGACUUGGCCGCCCAGACCGAAGUGCAGUAUGGUACAUUGCAGCAUGGCUCUACGUGGGACUUCUUUCGGAGAUCGCAAAUCGAACUUUAUAAGCAAAUGUGGAGAUUCAUGAACGAGAAUAAACAGGUCUUUGUCAACUCGUAUGAUGAAGGUAUUCAAAGAGUACGGAUGAGUAAAGGAAAGUAUGCCUUGCUGAUUGAGAGCCCGAAAAACGAUUAUAUAAACGAGCGAGAACCCUGUGAUACUAUGAAAGUCGGGAGGAAUCUCGACGCCAAGGGAUUUGGAAUCGCUACGCCACUUGGCUCGCCACUGAGAGACAGUAUAAAUCUGGCCGUAUUAUCGCUGAAGGAAAGUGGCGAAUUGGCUAAAUUAAUGAACAAAUGGUGGUACGAACGUACGGAAUGUAGACACGGCGAUAAGCAAGAUACGUCGAGGAACGAAUUGUUACUCAGCAAUGUCGCCGGCAUUUUCUACAUUCUAAUCGGCGGUCUUCUUCUUGCUCUUGCUGUUGCUCUCGUGGAAUUUUGUUACAAGUCGCACACCGAAGCCACCAGAGCAAAGAUUCCUCUGUCGGAUGCGAUGAAGGCAAAAGCGCGCCUGACAAUCGGAGGUGGUCGAGAUUUCGACAAUGGCCGGUAUUACGCACCAGCGAACGCGAUUGGCAAUGCCGAGGUCGACCAGGUACACAGCAAUACCCACACUCAGGUGUAAUGAGGAGUAAUAGCAGCAGUGCAGGUGGAAACGUCGCCGAGAGCAGUUGCUCGGGCCCGAUGCCGCUGCCGAGAUCGCCGCCACCCCCAUCUUUGAAGCGACUUUCACGGCGCAACGUCACGUUCGCGGAAUCACCACCCAAGUCGCCAAAACUCAUCCAGAGCAACAGACCCGGAGUUGCGAUGCUCGACGUCGCCGUGCCCUGGGCCCCGGCCUCACCCGGUUACUGGACCGAGGCCCAGCAGCCAAACGACGACGACAACCCGGACUAUGGCACAUAACGCGAGGACAACG